UAUAAAUGCAGCAUGGAAGUGGACAGGACGCCUCGAACUCAGCUGUCGUAAAGCGUCCUUCAACUUCAAUCACCAACUCUGCAAAUGGCUGUCUCUCAUGAGAUUGAAUCCCUCGCCAAGGCCUUCUCAGGUUUUGGUGUGGACGAGAAGUACUUGAUAUCAACAUUGGGGAAGUGGCGGGCGGACCAGGCGGAAGCCUUCCGGCAAGAAGCACCGUUCUUCGCAAAAGAUGAAGAACGUCAUUUCGAGCGAUGGAACGAGCACGACGUCGAACAACUCAAGCACGAGUUCUUACGUUUUAAGAGUGCGGUGGUGCUGUGGACGAUGCACCCAUGGGAGAGGGACGCUCGGCUGAUGAAGGAUGCUAUCAUUGAUGGCCCCAAAUCAUACAACGUUAUAGUGGAGUUAGCCUGUACUCGAUCCUCAGAACAGCUGUUGGGCACGAGAAGAGCCUAUCACUCUCUCUUUGACCGCUCCCUUGAGGAAGACGUUGCUUCCCACGUCAAAACCCCAGAACGCAAGCUGCUGGUAGGACUUGUUUGUGCCUACCGCUACGAAGGGCAACGAGUUCAUGAAGACGUUGCAAAAUCCGAGGCAAAGACGCUGGUUGUUGCCGUUAAAAAUGCCGACGGGAAGAACCCAAUUGAGGAUGAAGAGGUGGUGAGGAUUCUAUCAACGAGAAGCAAGCUCCAUCUUUGGGCCGUGUUCAAUCACUACAAGGAGAUCUCCGGGAAGGGCAUUGAUGAGGAUCUUGUAGCGAACUCAAUCUUACUUGACACAGUGCAGUGCUUAUCGACUCCUUAUCCUUAUUUCGUCAAGGUUUUGACUGCAGCGAUGAAUCGUGGUGCAGAUGAGAACACCAAAGAGGGGUUGACUAGAGUAAUAGUAACCCAAGCAGAUGCCGAUAUGAAAAGGAUCAAGAAAGAGUAUAAAAUGCAAAAUCAACUUGAGCUAUAUGAGAAAAUUGAACAAAUAACCAAAGGGAGCUUCAAGGAUUUCUUGCUCGUGUUGCUUGCAAGAGAUUCAAAUGAGAAUUGAAUCUCACUAGUGUCUUUUGUUAAUUGUUCUGCUUUUCGUAUCAGUAUUCUUUCUGAUUUGCUGCUUGGAAUGUUGUUGCUGAUUGUAUGAACAUUAUAUUCGGGGGACCAUCAUAACGUUGAACCUUUUGUUGUUGCUUCGUUCA